AUGUCGAUCUUCGUUCGCCGUGCCAUGGGCUCGAUUCAAUCUGCCCGUAUCCCUUCUCAAGCCGCGCCUCUAUUUCUCAGCGCCGUGGAGAUUACUUCUUGUAUGAGCCCGCCCAGGAGGCUAAGAAAAUGCAAUUGCAAAGAGGAGGAGGAACCUCCUGUGCUUGCUUCGAUAAUCGGUUGGGGUGUGUUUUUCUAUUGCGGUUACAAACUCUUCAGAGGAGACAAAGAAGAGGAGGUCUCUCUAUGGAACUGGAGCUCUGUUUUUGCGUUCAUGUUUCAAUCAAUCAAACUAGAUUCUUCUCAUAUCCUCUUCACCUUGUCACUAUUUGGGUACUGUGUUCAAAUAAGAGCUCACGCUUUUAGGGUCUUUUUCCCUUGUCCCAUCUCUCCUAAAUCACAGACCCUAGUAGCUGUGCCAUUGACAACUUCCUAG